AAGCGCUGUCGUUACGGCAACGAGCUAUUGAAGUUCGUUUUCGUCUACAGGGGAUUGUACCCCGGUGCUAUGGUUACGUGAGUGAUUGACCGUAGCAUUGUUUGGAUCGAUGCACACAAACAGUACCCGUCAAGUUUGGAAUCGGAUUCGAAUAAAAAAAGUGUGAAAAUGUCUACGCCACCCGGAAAAGGUUCCAAGAAAAAAUCGCUACCGUACUUCAUGCAGCGGUCAGAGGACACGGCGCUUCCAUCGUUUCAAAACCGACGCACGCUGGCUGACCACGUGAAGGACAACAUGCUGUGCGCGGGCCGUAAAUCGUACUUUCAACGGAUUGUUUACAUCGGUCGACAUCCGAAGGUUUCAGCGAUGACUAUCCGCGAUCAGUUCUUGAAGGUGAUUAGAGAGAUGCAGGAUAAGACAUCGAACGAGGUCAAACUGUUUGGGCUGAUGAUCAAUUUUGACGGGUACUCGAUGCACAUGAUCGAAAGUUCGGAGGAAACCAUCGGGGAGUAUAUGAGAUAUUUGGCCGCCAGCGAUUUGUUCGAUUGCAGCCGGGUGGUUCUGGUGUAUAACAAUAUCAAUCAGAGAUUCUUUCGUAAAUUGGUUUGGAGGUUUGCUGAUUAUUUAAACGGUUUGGAGCCUACGGUUAUUGAUACCAAGGAUUCGAAUGUGGUUGAGAAGACCAUCAACGCUUUUAUGGUAAAAGUCUAUACGCUCUGCAAGAUGGUUCGAACGGAAGAAUUGGAUGAGAGAACUGCUUUCAAGUCACUCUAUUUGGAUGAGAAUUAUGAGGAACAUACACCGGAUGCAGCCCUGCUUGAAUAUUUGCUCAGUUUGAAGUGUCUCUUCACUAUACAGGAGUACGGGCAGUUUUACGGGGUACUUCCCGAUGUAACAACGUUUCGGGAUAAAGUCUGGCCAAUCCCGCAGGAUUUCACUCCUUAUGAUGUGUUCGAUUCUGGCAAAUAUCAAAUCAACCUCACGUUUGGAAACCCUUAGUGUUUCUAAAGACGAAAUUUUGAUGCU